AUGGGUCAAGAGCUGUGUGCAAAGGCUCUGCAGCCUGGAUGCAGCUGCCAUCACUGUUGGGAAGGAGGCAACGCACACAGCUGUCAGAGGAGUGCGCCUGUGACGACGGAGGCUGCAAUCGAGCUAACAGACCUAAAAGAAGCAUCAUAUUCCAUGACUUCAUUUCACCCCAGGGGACUUCAGGCUGUGCAUGCCCGGAAGUUCAAGAGUAAAAGGCCGAGGAGCAACAGCGAUUCUUUACAGGAAGAAGAUCUGAGGCAAGGUUUUCAGUGGAGGAAGAGCCUCCCCUUUGGGGCAGCUUCAUCUUACUUGAACUUGGAGAAGCUGGGUGAAGGUUCUUAUGCUACAGUUUACAAAGGGAUUAGCAGUAUAAAUGGACAACUAGUGGCUUUAAAAGUCAUCAGUAUGAAUGCAGAGAAAGGAGUCCCAUUUACAGCCAUCCGGGAAGCUUCACUCCUGAAGGGUUUGAAACAUGCCAACAUUGUGCUGCUGCAUGACAUAAUACACACCAAAGAGACACUGACGUUCGUAUUUGAAUAUGUGCGCACAGACCUGGCUCAGUAUAUGUCUCGGCACCCGGGAGGGCUCCAUCCUCAUCAUGUCAGACUUUCCAUGUUUCAACUUUUGCGGGGCCUGGCAUACAUCCACCACCAACACGUUCUUCACAGGGACCUGAAACCUCAGAACUUACUCAUCAGUCACCUGAGAGAGCUCAAACUGGCUGAUUUUGGUCUUGCUCGAGCCAAGUCCAUUCCCAGCCAGACAUAUUCUUCAGAAGUUGUGACUCUCUGGUAUCGCCCUCCUGAUGCCUUGCUGGGAGCCACUGAAUAUUCCUCUGAACUGGACAUAUGGGGUGCAGGCUGCAUCUUUAUUGAAAUGUUCCAGGGUCAACCCUUGUUUCCUGGGGUUUCCAACAUCCUUGAACAGCUGGAGAAGAUCUGGGAAGUGCUGGGAGUCCCCACAGAGGAUACCUGGCCUGGAGUUUCCAAGCUACCUAACUACAACCCAGAAUGGUUCCCACUGCCUAAGCCUCAGAGCCUUCAGACUGUCUUCAACAGGCUGGGCAGGGCUCCUGAAGCUGAAGAUCUGGCCUCCCAAAUGCUGAAGGGCUUUCCGAGAGCCUGUGUCUCAGCCCAGGAAGCGCUGAUUCACAAUUAUUUCAGUGUCCUGCGGACUCAGCUGCACCAGCUUCCAGACGAGGAAUCUUUGUUUACAGUUUCAGGAGUGAGGCUGAAGCCAGAAAUGUGUGACCUUUUGGCCUCCUACCGGAAAGGUCACCACCCAGCCGGGUUUAGCAAAUGCUGGUAA